AACAAAGAGAAAACAGUACUUUUUCUUCCAUUCUUUCAAGCACCUUGAAUUGCAUUUUCGAGAGAGAGACAGAAAGAAAUAUUAUACGAUUAAAUAAUCAAAGAGAAAUAAGGUAGAAAGAAAUAAAGAGAGAGAAUAUUUCUUAUAUACUUUUAACAUAUAUUCUUCUUCUCUGGAAUUUUUUUUUUCUUUCCAAUCAGCAUAAUUUUCUCUAGAUUUAUCCAUUGAUUUGCCAAGAAUAUUUUUUGUUCUUACAUCUCACCUAAAUCUUCAUCAAAUCUCUACUUUAAAAAAAUCUCCAUCUUUUUUGUUUUUUUUGUUUUUGGGUUUAAAGUUUCAACAUAUGACAAACCUAAAUAGCCUAUAAAAAUUUAUCUCAAUUUUUUUUCUGUCAGAUUGCCUUUAAACUGGUUCUAUACAGUUUUGAUCAUCUGUAAACGUAACUGAUUUUUAUUUAUUAGUUACCACAACUACCCUUAUGGGUCAAAACUGAAAAAAACCAGAGGUUUUAUUGCUAAAAAACCCUUUUUUUAUUAGAUUUUGUGUCUUUUUUUUUGUUGGUAUAAUCAAGAUUGGAUAAAGAUUGAAUUUUGAUAAUUGGGUAUUGAUAAAGAUUUGAUUUUGUGAUCUGGGGUUGAUUUUUUGGUCCUAAAUCUUCAGUUAUGGCUAAGAGUCUUGAUAAAUGGAGGGAUUAUUUUAGGACAGCAAAUUCAGAUAUAUUUGAUAUAAUUGAGCAUGCAAUUAUGGUAGCAGCUGUUGAUUGUCCCAAAGAGUUCAAAUUAAGAAGAGAUAGAAUUGCUGAAAUGUUAUUUACUUGUAAAUUCACUAUGUGUUUUGGUUGUGAUAAAGUUGAAUUAAGUGUCCCAAUUGUUGCUGCUAAUGAUGAUGAUGAUGAAAAAAAGGUUAAGAGUGAAAAUGAGUUUGGUGGUGUUAGUAAAGAGAGCAAAGCUAAUAGUAGUAUUGAUCAACAUGUUGAAAAUAAGAGUAAUUAUAGUUAUGGUGAAGCUGAGGCAUUAACUGAGGAGAUUGAGGAAGAAACACAAACUUUUGGUGAGGUUAUGAGGAUCAAAGAUGUUAUUGAUCACAGCCAAGCUGAGUCUGGAGAGUUAUUUGAGUGCUUAAGAAGGCUUCAACUAAUGGCUUUGUCUGUGGAGACCUUGAAGGCCACAGAGAUCGGAAAGUCAGUUAAUUCUCUCAGAAAGCAUAACUCAAAGGAUAUUCGGCAUCUAUCCCGGACAUUGAUUGAGGAUUGGAAGGUCUUGGUAGAUGAAUGGGUGAAUGUUACUACAGCCUUUGCAGGUACCGAAAGCACUCCAGAGUCUAUGAAAGCAUCUGUUGUUGAUCACGAGGAGGAAGGACUUCCUUCCCCACCUUUAGAUGACUUAGCUUUCUUUUCUGCUCAGACCACUGGAAUUGAGUUGUCACAAUUCUUUGAUGGCAUGGAUGAUGAUGGAAAUCCUCGCAACAGUGGGGAAUUCAAUGAGAACCGUGGAAAUGGCAGAAAGCCAUCUCUGGAUAAGCCUCGAAACAGUUUCGAUGCUGCUCCGAAAGAGAGGAAGGGUGAACAACAAAAGAAACAGGAAGCUGUAAUCAAGAAACAAACAACGAUUGUCAAACCAAAUAAGCCAUCUGGAGGUAACUCUGGGCCUGGAAGACCAAUAAAACCAGCCUCAGAACAGAAGCUCAAGAUUAGCGAGACGAAUUUCCAGCAGAAAUCUGAUAAAGGCACACUUCAGAAGAGGCCUGUGCCGUCUCAACAAAACAAAUUUAGACGCUCAGAUGAGGAUGCAGUUCAAGUCAAACUCGAGGCUACAAAGAGAAAGCUCCAGGAACGGUACCAAGAAGCUGAAAACGCCAAGAGGCAGCGGACAAUACAGGUUAUGGAGUUGAAUGAUAUCCCGAAGAAGGGCCCUAUCCAAGGUGUUGGCCUUAAGAAUUCUCAUAUGAGACCUGGCAACAAUAACCGGCAUUGGGCAAAUGGACGUCGUUGAAUUGAUUUCAACUGACUGUCUCAAUAAGAUUUCUAGUUUCUUCCACCUCAGCUGAGUAAAUUCUCAACUUGCUGUGGAAACAGAGGGAUCUCAUCUUAUUGACCUCAACAGGAGGCCACUCUCAAAUCGGGAGAGGCAUCGGAUUUACAUUUAUGCUUAGAUAAACAUUUUCUUGGACCUAAAGUACAGGGUUUGCGCGUUUUGGUCUAAUUCUUUUUUGAUCUUUAGGAGUGACAUAAUAUCGACCGUUUUGGAUGAACGAUCUUUUGAGCAUUAACAUUAUGCUUUCAUAGAAAUACCCUGACUGUAAAUUUGCACAGAAUAAGUGCAUUUUCAUUUUGGAUCAGAACACUGAAACAUUGAUUAGAGUUAUAAAAUGAUGGUUACAUUCUGGUUA